CUUUAUUUAUACAUUGCUAUGCACAUCGACUUAAUUUAGUAUUGACUCAAGGGGCUUCGAAGCUUAGAGAAUGUAGGAUCUUUUUUGCACAUCUCAAUGGCCUAGCUGCAUUUUUUUCCAGAUCCCCUAAGAGCACGCAGCUGCUUGACGAUAUCUGCCAGCGUCAUCUUCCUCAUGUGGCACCAACAAGGUGGCAAUAUAGUUCUAGAUUGGUCAGCACAGUCUUAGAGAAGAGAGUUGCCCUAAAGGAGCUAUUUGAGCACAUAUUAGAACACCAUGAUGAGUACGACGAGGAUUCUGUGCGCUGUGCUGACGGAUACAAUGCUUAUCUGGAUGAUUUUGAGUUUUGUUUUUUGCUUUCCACUUUUCAUGUGAUUUUUGAGUAUUCGGAUGUGCUUUUUGGAAUACUGCAGAACAACACACACGAUGUGCAAUUCUGUCUGGCAAGAAUGGUCGAGUUUUGUGACACCAUUGAGAGGAAGAGAGGGCAAUUUGGUGAGAUUUAUGAAUCUACUCUGCGCGAAACAGGUGCGCCAAGCACACGGAGAGGCCAAGCGCUGGAGGACGUUCGCGCAAGGUAUCAGAAACUCUACAGCGACAUUUUGGACAACAUCCUUGCCCAGAUACGGAACCGGUUUAAAGACCACGAGAAAGUCAUGUUUCUCUCCCUCCUCGACCCUCAGCAAUUUCAGACAUACCGGAAAAAAUUCCCGGAUGCGGCCUUCUCCAGGUUGACGCAGAGCCACGGAACUUUCUUCGACCUGCCCCGGCUUAAAACAGAACUGACUGUAAUGUAUGCCAUGACUGAUUUUGAAGGAAAAAGCCCUGCUGACCUCCUCGCUUUCCUUCAGCAGAAAGAUCUAUGCGGGAGCAUGCGUCAACUUUACGCAUUGGCAUGUUUGGCGGUGACCAUCCCAGUAUCUACGGCCUCUGUCGAGGGUAAAUGUUCAGCCCUAAAACGCAUUAAAACUUAUUUAAGAAAUAAGACUGGGCAGGCUCGACUGUCAGCACUGGCCUCCAUGGCAAUCGAGAAGGACCUUUUAUUGGAACUGAAACGCACCGAUGUUCUGUACAACCGUGUCAUUGAACGCUUUAUAAAGAAAGAAAGGAGGAUGGACUUUGUCUUCAAAUGAUGAGCAGCUUUGAGCUGAUGAAAGGGAGAAAGGAACGUCGAAAGCUGAAUAAAGUGGAGAAGAAACUUCAGUAUCAGAAGCAUCAUGAUUUCACAACCGGAGAAAAAGCUUUCAGUGGCUCAAAUACAAAAAAUCAUUUCUCACCAAAAAAGCAUCAAAGAAGAUUAGCCAAAAAUCCUAACACCUGCACUCAGUGUGGAAAGAUUUUCAUAGGUAAAAGCAGGCUUAUCAUACACAUGAGAGCUCAUACUGGAGAGAGACCUUACACGUGCCAUCUGUGUGGGAAAAGUUUACUUUAUAAAGAGCAGCUUUAUGUACACAUGAAAAUUCACACAGGAGAGAGGCCUCAUACAUGCAAUCAGUGUGGGAAAAGUUUCUCAUUUGCUUACAGUCUCAAGAAUCAUCUCCUCUGUCACUCUGGAGAAAGACCAUUUGAAUGUGAUAAGUGCGGGAAAACAUUUGUUGCGGCGCAGUAUCUGAAAAAUCAUCUGAAAACGCACACAAAUAAGAAGCUUUACAACUGUUCAUUUUGUGGAAAGAGUUAUUCAGACCUGUUCUAUUUUAAAAAGCACCAGAAAAUUCAUACUGGUGUGGGGACUCAUGUGUGCUUUGAAUGUGGAAAGACCUUUAUUACAGCCGGCUCUGUGAAACGGCACCAAAGAAUUCAUACUGGAGAAAAACCUUACAAAUGCUCGCAUUGCGGAAAGAGUUUCACUCAUUCACACAGCCUGAAAGCACAUGAGAGAAUCCAUACUGGAGAGAAACCUUACAAGUGUUCACAAUGUGGAAAGAGUUUCUCUCAGUUACAACACCUGAAAACACACUUGAGAAUUCACACUAGAGAGAAAUCAUAUCACUGCUCUUCAUGUGGGAAAAGUUUCUGCACAGCAAGUAAUCUACAUAGACAUGUAAAAAGUAAUUGCUCAAGUAGUCGCAGUGAGCAGAAAUCAUCUUCAGGUCCAAAAAGAUCAAGUUACUAGUUUGAAAUUCAGAUAAACCCAAAGAUGGAAUUUCUCCCAAUAGACCAUUUCAAGCAGGUAAACAAUAGCAAGGAAUUCGAACACAAGUUUUCUUGCUGCACAUCCAGUAUCAUUACUGGAUCCUUUUAAAUAAGGCUCUGGGUUAACAUAUUUUCCUUAAAUAACAUCAAACAUUCACCUGAAGUGGCUUAUCCAGUGGUGGUGUUGAUACUGAGCGUCUGUUCGUGAGAGGCGAUUAAAUUAUAAUGGUAGUUUAGAUAGGGAUUGAUCACAUGUGUUAUAACAAAGUCUUUUUAGGCAAGUCAGGUCACUCCACAGCCAUCUUUGGAAUGCUCUCGGGCAGGGCUCGACAUUAACGCUUGUCCUGGACAAGUGGAUUUUUGAAGGGUCAAGUGAAAGAGAAUUUUACUUGCCCGACCGGACAAGCAUAGCAGACUGAUUAAAAUGUUAAUAACGGAAAAAUAACCGGCUAUAUUUGUGAUGGGCUAGGCCUGUGUCACUUAUUACAAAGUUCAUAUUCAGCUGUUGAAAACAGUCCAGAGCACGUAAUUUUAUAAUUCGCUAGCGAGCUAGUAACAGCUGCGCCCUGUUUGUUUGACAUGCGGCACGUGUGUGUGCUCCGAUCAUGAACGUGUAUUCCGAAAAUGCUGGCGCUAAUGCGCGCCUGAACGGUCAAAUACAUUUCAACAUUUCUCAGAAAUGCCUGUCUUGGUGCGGUAUUCAUGUAAACACAGAGAGUGAUGUCUAAAGUGAACGUAACAGUGGAGGAAAAAGCACAUUUGUAUUAAAAUGUCGGAUUUGUAAGUAUAAAUGUAAGCUAAUAGACCUGCUGCUGUCUAGUGUGUCAUUAUAAUAAUCAAACAACCAGAACGAGAAAACCACUCUGCUCUUGACUGAGUAACAUUAGUAGCUUUAAAAAGUAUUAAUGUAUUAUAAUGAUACAGUGAAGACCGGUAGUAGUUUUAUGUUGCAUUUCAUUCUGAAUGUUUCCUUGAAUACUUGAUAGCCUACUGCUGUUAAAAACUUUUAAAGCUGUUAAAAAAGCACUGAAUUUUCUAUUAAUUGCUGUUUUUAUUUUAUUAUGGACUGUUUACUAGUCUUGAAUAAUUACUGAAAAACUUAACCAUUCUUCCAUAAUUUACAAUAAGCAAAUUAAGUUAGUUACAUAAGUUAGUUAUUAUUUGUUGUGGUUUUUGAAGCUGGUAUUGAGAAACGUCAAAUUUCACCACAGACUACUGAAAUUUCGGUAUUGUGAUAAUGUAAGGGCUGUUUUUCUUGACCUCAGAAUGGCUUUUGACAUGGUAAACCAUAGAAUACUUAAUAAACUAUCUUCCUUUUAAUUUUUCAGCUGAUUCACUUUAAUGGAUAGAAUCAUAUUUAAAUGGAAGAACACAAUAUGUUAAGGUUCAUAAUCAUAAAUCCACUGUUCUUAACACCACUACCGGUGUCCCACAAGGAUCUAUACUCGGACCACUUUUAUUUAGUUUUUACAUUAAUGAUUCUGUUUGUCCUGAUGUAGAGAUCCAGUUAUAUGCAGAUGAUACAGUAAUGUAUGCACACUGUUGCACAAAGGAGUAAGCUGCUUCUAAACUUAUUAGUGCAAUGAGCCAUAUUACAACAUGACUAAAUCGAUCAUGUCUCAAGCUAAAUGUAACCAAAACUGUAACCAAAACAAAAAUGGUCAUGCACUACUCCAGAGACCGAUAUAAUGAUAUCUCCGCAAAAGUUGCAAGUUGUGACUGAGUUUAAGUAUUUGGGUGUCUGGAUUAAUUGUAAUCUUUCCUUUAAAACUCACGUAAAAUAAAAUAUGUCAACGAGUUAGGAUUCAUUUAAGUACAUUUAGAUUUGUCAGAAAAUCACUGAGCUAUGAAACCGCUAUAAGAUAUAUAAUGAAUGCUAUGUUCAUUCCACAUUUCACAUAUUGUUUGACAAGCUGAGCACCGGCUAACAAAUCGACAAUGAAACCACUUGAAAUUUUACAUAAAUGUACCCUCAAAGUUCUAGAUCAGAAACCUAACAGCAUUCACAGCUGUCAAAUUUUAAAUAAACAGACUUCUGAGCUGGGAAAAUGUAGUUAAAUAUGCUCAUUUUUGUCUAGUUUUUAAGAUAUUAAAUAAUAAUAUUAUGAUUUUUUUUUUAUGUAUGUAGUGUUGCAUUGUUUGUUUGGUGGGUGUGCAUUGUACUGGUUUGGGUAUUAGUUUGUAUGUAUUAUCUGUAUAUGAUAUUUGUGAUAAGUUUAUUUUUAGUUUUAGAUUGCCUUUUUAAGAACUGGUCAAGGACAACAGAUGAAAAUUACCCUAACUCUGGCUCAUUUACAUUCAUUUUUCUGUUGAUCAAUGAGUGCUGUCCCUGUCAAAUAAAUACAAAAAUAAAUAAAUAAUAAAAGGUGAAUGAUGAAA